AUGUUUUGUUUUGUUUUGUUUUGUUUUGUUUUGUUUUUACCGGUGAAAGAUUUUCUAUUAACACGUUUAUUUUCUAUUGGUGGAAUUGAUUUUAAUCGUGAUUCAAAUAUUGAAGCUCGACCAAUGAUUGUACCUGAUCAACGAACUAUUAUAUCAGAUUUUGUAUUUGAUUAUGAAGAAAAACUUGUAUAUUUUUAUUGUCAAACAAGUCAAAUGAUUUAUUCAUCAAAAAUGGAUGGUGAAAAAAAUUUAACAAAUCCACGAUCAAUUGCAGUUGAUCUACGUGCUGGUGUUCGAUUUUUAUUUUUAACAUAUUGGGAUAAAAAUUCUCGUAUUGCACGUUGUAGUAUAGAUGGUCAACAACGUCUUAGUAUUGUUAACGAUACAAUUCAAAUGCCAUUAGGUUUAACAUUUGAUUUAAUAUGUGAAGUAGUUUAUUUUACAAAUCAUCAUUUAAAUUGUAUUGAAGUUUAUGAUUCAAAUUCAAAUGAAAUAAGACGUUUAAAUCGUUUUGAACAUGGAAUUAAAGCACAAAAACAUAAAAAAAUAUUAUCAAGAUUGAAUAUUCUUCAUGUGAAAAUUUCAAAUAAAGUUUAUCAACCAUUAGGUCUUCAAAAUCAAGAUGUUUAUUAUGAAUUAGAUUCAUUAUCAAAAUCAACUGAUCAAGCAUAA